UUGACCCUCGGCAGGUUGAGGGGAACUUUUCGUAAUUAGUCGCCUAAUCAAAAGAGACUUGGUAGUUAAAUAUAUAUAUAUAUUUUUAAAGAGGCUUGAGUAAAUAGAAAAUGCCUGUUCAGUCAGUUCCCCUAGCCUCUGUGACGAUAGGACCGCAGUCUUGGCGAGAUGAUACGAUGCACUCUAUACGGUUAGCGGAACACUUGGUGCGGCAAACCCACGCAGGACGGCCGGGGUCUAUCAGCCGUGCGCGGAGCUGUAGCGCCACCGCGUUUACCCGGAGGCGCACAGACACAAUUGAAGAGGUUGGAAGUGGAGAUACUCAUGAUGCUUUGUGCAAGAAUAAACUCAGACCCCAAAACACAGGCACAAUGUUCCCAUAUGCUACCACCACAUUUGUGGUCCCGUUUCCCCCUCCCUGCUUCCGAGAGCAGUGUGCAGAGGCCAGUGUCGGGGUAGCAAGGGAGUACAUGCGCAGUGUGAGGGAAAUGGAGGGCGAGAUACGUAGACAAGCUGGCCGGGUGGCACAUGAAUGCGUUAAACUGGAGCGGGAGAGAGGCCUCCUGGAGAGGAUGCUGAGGAGCCUGAGGUGUGAAAUGCUGAUCAACAAGAAGAGUGUGGAGGGAAGGACCAUAAGACCAGCUUCUACUGAGACUGGAAGAGACGGAGCAGACCAUUUGCUGGAGUGUGAAAAGAGAGAACUCACUGAGCUGAAACAGGAGAUGGAGAGCACUCUGAGGAGCACACUAGCCCAACUACAGACCCUGGGUCAGUGCAGUAGGCAGCUGAUGGACUGUGCCAGUGAGAGAGCGCGUGUUCUAGAGCUUCUACCACACACUGGCUCUGGCUCUCUCUCCAUAGGGGGACAGGGAACUCCCUCCCAAGGCCUCAUAAAACUACCAGAGCCAAUCGGCCCCUUCACUCCAGAAUGUAAGCAGGUUCUGGAGUCUUCCACUCUGGCUGUGAACCAAUCACAGCUGCUACGAGAAAACAUCAGGCAGAUGAUUGGCAAUGCCAUCGCCAGGCAAAAAGCUGCCCACCGUACUGUCAAUGAAGCUCUGGUGAAGAAAAUAGCUGAGACAGUCACUCUGAAGCAAAAUCUUACAAUUAUGUCUGCAGCCGCCAGGCAGGCCAUUUUCCGCAAACAGAGGCAGCUGAACUGCAUUCGUCACAGCCAUGACAGAGCACUGGGCCCUGAGUACAGUGGGGAUAUACUUUCCAGAGAGAAACUGAACAGGCCUAUAGUGAAGGUUUACCACAGACACCCUGGGACCCAGUUACCUGAGGCUGCUCAUCUCAUACAGGGUAGUUCUGUGUUGAGACACUGCCUGCUGUCCUCUGAAGAGGAGCUCUCCAGGCUGCAGGGCACGUGCCUGCAGCUGGUGGCCAACCUGCACGGCAAGAGGGCUGCAGAGCAGGUGGACUCUGCUGUGGUCAGGCUGCGGCGGCAGCUGGUCGACAGACGAGCAAUGCCCACUUUCCUCCAACAGGGGUUGUACUAAACUCAUUAUGUAGUGCAUGACUCAAUUCAUCUUUCCUCAAUGUUUCUUCUCCUCCAAUGCAUUUUGAGAAGUAGAUGAGAGGAAUCAAGGAAAGAGAAGAGCCCGAAUCUAUAGUUGUAUACAAACGGCAUGUGUGUUUUCUCCUGGAUAUGAAGUGAAAGAUGGACCAAUGUGCUGAAAAGGGGACCAUUUAAACAAGAUAUUAGGACGGUGUGUUUUUUAACCUAGUCAUGUGUGGCAUACCAGCGCUCGAUUAACCACAUUUCUGCAUUACACCAUGAUUGUGUACUUGAAAUAAACCAACAGUAUUUCUCUGCAAAGUCAGCCCCAUUGCUUAUUGUGUGGGAGUCCCUGAGAGCAUAAAUGUGCAUGGGUUUCAUUGGCAUGUACUUGAUCUCCUUGUCAUACUGCCAUUUUGUACAGCUUGGCAUCUAUAUUGUGAAUUGAAUAUGUUCAGCAUAGACUGCAUUAGAAUCACAAACAGUUUGCUGUACUGUUUAUGCUCAACGUCACCUGUGAAUAUAUGUAUACUGUUAAAGUCCAAUCUCCAUCGCACCCUCCUCUUCAGUCCGAGUCAUAAGACGGCAAGUCACUUGACAGUCCUGCCUCU